AUCGAUCUCUUCCUCCUGCUUUCUUUCUUCUCCUGCUGUUGUUUUUAUACGGGUAGAGUAUAUAAUUUUUUAUUCGCUAAAUUCAAUCCUGUUCUUGGUUCAACUCUAAGUGAUUUCAAGACGAAGCCUCCUGCAAAAUGGAAGAAAACGAGGAAGUUGUUGGAAGGACGGUGGCAAACAAAAAGAAGAGGACAUCAAUAAGCGCCGCCGAGCAAUCUCCUCAAACACUGCGGAGAAAUAACUCCAAAAAGCCUCCGCUGCAGAGAGGCAGCUCUUUCACGUUUCUGACUCCGGGGACACCGUGGGACUUCAGUUUAAAGAGAAAGCGCAAGGAGAAAGACGAUGACACAGUCAGCCUGUCCAGUUUCGACCUGAAGGAACCAAACACCAAGCGUGUACGGCCACUGGUCAAAGUUUCAUCCCUGGUCAACUUGAUAUCUCCUUCAAAGAAUGGAGCAGUGCGACGCUUUGGCCAGUCCAUCCAGUCAAGGUCGUUACGUGGUGAUACCAAGUCACCAGGGACGUCCCUUAAAGGCAGCAGCAAGGCAGCAGGUCCCACACCCACCAAACGCAGAAACAGCACGCUGUGGUCGGAGACGCUGGAUGUUCAUCAGAAGAGCUCAUUCUCCACCAAAGAGAUCAAGAGACAAGAGGCGAUUCACGAGCUUUACAGGGGAGAACAAGAUCUAAUCGAAGAUCUCCAACUUGCACGAAAGGCAUACCACGAUCCCAUGCUGAAGCUCUCCAUCAUAACAGAGGAGGAACUUGCGCAUAUUUUCGGGGAUCUGGAUGCAUACAUCCCCUUACAUGAGGACUUACUGAUGAAACUGACCGAGGGAACUGGUCCUGAUGGAACAGUAGCUCAGAUCGGACGAAUAGUAAUAGACUGGCUGCCUGGUCUGAACGCUUACAAAGACUACUGCAGCAACCAGCUUGCAGCCAAAGCUCUGCUGGACCAGAAGAAGCAGGACAGGCGGGUCCAAGACUUCCUGCAGCGCUGCCUUGAGUCUCCCUUCAGCAGGAAACUCGACCUCUGGAGCUUCCUGGACAUCCCGCGCUCACGCUUAGUAAAAUACCCGCUGCUGCUGCGAGAGAUCCUCAGACACACUCCUCCUGAUCACCCAGACGUCGCCAGUCUGGAGAGAGCUAUCACUAUAAUCCAGGGAAUUCUGUCUGAUAUCAACAUGAGGAAAGGGGAGUCAGAGUGCCAGUAUUACAUAGACAAACUGGAAUAUCUGGAUGAAAAGCAGCGGGACCCCCUCAUAGACAACUGUAAGGGCCUCCUGUGUCACGGUGAGCUGCGGAACAAGAGUGGCUCGAGGCUUCACGUGUUCCUCUUCUCUGAGCUGCUGGUUCUGACCCGACCAGUGACUCGUAACGACAGGAGCUGCUUCCAGGUGUAUCGACAGCCCAUCCCAGUUCGGGACUUGGCUCUGGAGGACCUGCAGGAUGGAGAGGUCCGCAUGGGGGGAUCUUUCAGAGGGGCUUUCACCAAUGCAGAGAAAGCUAAAAAUGUCUUCCGUGUGAGCUCCGUGGACCCCUCCCAUGGCCAGUCCCACACCCUGCACGUCAAUGACGUCUAUCACAAGCAGCAGUGGCUCAACUGCCUGCGCACUGCCAUGACCCAACAACAGAGGGCUCCGCCGAGAGUUCAGCAAGUAGAAGCUGUCAGAGCCAAGCGCCGCUCCUCCACUGUCUCACCCACCAUCUAUGAUGAAGAGACAGAUGAGAACUGUCCACCUGUCUUGGGCCCCAAACUCAGGCCUCAGACGCUCUCCAAAACCAGACUGGACCAGAGGUUUCAAGGCUCCAUAAAGAGGAAGGAGACUGGAGUGUAGACAAAGAGACAGGCCAUGUGUGCACAGCUUGUGUCCUGUCUGGUCACAUGAGUCUGUCAGUGAAAUAUAUCUCAAUGAAACCACUAUUUUAGUGCUUCUGCUUUGUGUCUAUAGCACUGAAAAAACCUUCCCAAUAAUUUCCGUCCAAUUUUAGUCUUAUCUCAUUUAAAUUGUGUAAUUAGUUUACAAAAAAAGUGUGUACCAUUGUGACUGAACUGUAUGUUUACACCAGCUAAAUAUGUAUGGAAUCAGUGUUUUGUGUCUGCUUAAGUUAAUGACUUUAUACCCACUUGUCUCGCUCUUGUUUCAUCAGUUUUCCAGUUUAAACACUUUCAAGCUUUUUCUUCUCCUUUUUUUGCUGUAAUCAAAAUGUUAUGUAUGCAGUUGUUACGUGUGUGUGUGUGUGUGUGUGUGUGUGUGUGUGUGUGUGUGUGUGUGUGUGUGUGUAUAAGGGAUCAAGAAACAGGGAAAU